CCCGUCUGGUGUCUGUCCGGGAGGAUUAUUAUCUCUGCUCGUUGCUCUUUGGUUGUUGUUGCACAUUGAGCUCAUUUCACAGGUGAAGCAGCGUUUAACGUUCGUCGUCUCGGACUGUCGGUCUGACUUUUCUCGGGUUUUGCAGACUGACGUUGGCUAAUGUGACGUUAGCGAACUCAGCGAGAUCACCGAGAAAGCUGAAGCAGCUGCAGGAGGUGAACAGCACAGGUAACAGGUGUGACUGUGGGAGAUGGCGAACCCUCUGAGGCCGGAAGUGGUUCGUCUCUAUAAAAACCUCCUCUACCUCGGACGAGAGUAUCCUAAAGGUGCCGACUACUUCAGGGACCGUCUGAGAGCAGCGUUCGCCAAAAACAAGUGUGUGCAGGACCCGGAGCAGAUCAAGCAGAUGAUCGCUCGAGGGGAGCACGUGGCCCGAGAGCUGGAGGCGCUUUACUACCUGAGGAAAUACAGAGCGAUGAAGAAACGCUACUACGAGGAGUAAAAGCUUCUGCAGAGACUCAGACUGACGGCGGGACUCGGGGGAGUCACAGUCCGGAUGAACAACACUAAACUUCAUUUGUACAGCAACUUUCAUACAGCUCAGAGUGCCUUAGAAACCAGGGACAGAAAAUUAAUGCAAAGACGGAGAAUAAAACCACCGAAAAGUAAAGUUAGAAGUAGAGAACACAGGAUGCAGGAAAGAAGGGCAGAAGUUCACCAGCAUGAGGCAAAGCACAAAGUUUAGGCCUGGAUCAGAAGUCAGUCAGUUAAAGGCUGAGGUGAUCAGUUUUUCUGCAGGUAGUUUGUUUCUGGAAACCAACAAACCUGCAGCAGGUGUUCAGUGUUCUUCAAGGCAAAUGAGGAACUUCAGCUCAGCUCUGAUUAUUACAGGAAGCCAGUGCAGAGCAGCUGAAACUGGACUCAUGUGGCCUCUCCUCGUGGUUCUGGUUCAUAGUCGAGCUGAAGUCUCUCAGUGGUUUUACUUCAGGUCAGUAAAUAAUGUUUUCCAAUUAUCGAGUCGGCUUUCAAUAAAGACAUGAAUCAG